CACGAGCUCAUAAUCGAGUCAGCCAUCAUCUAGGACAGAGUAAAGGUUACCUGCUUCAACAGUGCUUGAACGGCAACCGAUCUUCUGUCUUUACGCUUCGCUUAUCGUUCAUCUUCUACAAUUCCAGUCAGUUUAAUUUUAAAAUUACAUUAAGACGCUUGCUUUAGAAAUACCUACGCGAACCAGCGUCGUUGACCAUCUGUACUAAUAACACCGAAAGAGCAGUAAAAACCGAACUGAAGAAACAUGACCUCUCAAGUGAGACAGAACUAUGAGGAGGCCUGCGAGGCGGCCAUCAACCGUCAGAUCAACAUGGAGCUGUACGCGUCCUACGUCUACCUCUCCAUGUCGUACUUCUUCGACCGAGACGAUCAGGCCCUGCCCAACUUCGCAAAGUUUUUCCGCCAUCAGUCUCACGAAGAGCGCGAACACGCAGAGAAACUGAUGAAAUUUCAGAACCAGAGAGGAGGGAGGAUCUUUCUGCAGGACGUGAAGAAACCAGAAAGGGAUGAGUGGGGAAAUGGCCUGGAAGCCCUUGAAUGCGCCCUGAACCUAGAGAAAAGCGUCAAUCAUUCCCUCUUGGAGUUGCAUAAGCUUUCAUCUCAGCACAAUGAUCCACACAUGUGCGAUUUCAUUGAAACGCACUACUUGGAAGAGCAAGUUAAGUCCAUCAAGGAGAUCGGCGACUGGGUGACCAACCUGCGUCGCAUGGGCGCCCCUCAGAGCGGCAUGGCCGAGUACUUGUUCGACAAGCUUACUCUUGGCAAGGAGAGCAGCUAAAGCAUCCCAUCAAUUCCUUCACGGAGUAGAUUCCUUUUUAAGUGUUGAUUAUGCUAGAUGCCAUCAAAUGCUAUUUCCUGUUUGAUUGACCAAUCUACUUGUUUUAUUUAGCAGAAACGUGUCUUGAUAAGCCUUUGCGCUCUGUAUCUCCAGCUCAUCCUUAAAUUUGCUUCGCCUGCAUGCGCUUGUGUGAUUUGUUGAUGCAGUUGCACUCCAAACCAAUAAAAUUGAAACCUCUGGGAUCUGAA